AGCUAUUUAGAACAGAGUCUAAAGAGCUUUCAGGCAAGAGGUGGAAAGAAAUGCACUUAGUCCAGCUUCUGCAGGCACAAGUAGCAGUUCAGUAUUUGAUAUAACCUGAAACACUGUUUUUUGGUUAGGUUUUAAAAAGGAACUUUGACCUUUUUGUUAAACAUAUAUAGGACUAAAUUAUUAUUAUUAAAAAAAAAAAAGAAAUGUUCAGGAGAAUGAUUUUGCGUUUUUUUUCCCUGGGUGUCUCGCUCGCCCUGCUGUCCUUCGCUCAGGUAGGGACGCAGGUGGCCAGGGUCUCUCGACGCAGGACCCCGGCUGCUGGAGGUGCCAACCUGCUCAAGCACAUUAGCUGCUGCGAGGAUGUCAAGGAGCUGACGGUGCAGGUGGCCAACCUGACCAGCAUGCUGGCGGAGCUCAGCAAGAAGCAGGAGGCAGACUGGAUCAACGUGGUCAUGCAGAUGAUGGAGCUGGAGAACGGCCACCAGCAGCACGAGGGCCGCAUCACCGAGGUGGAGGGCAAGUACUCGGAGAUCCACAGCCGACUCGAGAUCAUGCAGCUCCAGGCAGCCCAGACCCUCCCACAGACCUCUGCAGAUGCGAUCUACGACUGCUCGUCUCUGUACAGCAGGACUUAUAAAAUCUCUGGAGUAUACAAACUACCUUCAGACGAGUUCAUGGGAACUCCUGAACUUGAGGUACUCUGUGACAUGGAGACGAACGGGGGAGGCUGGACAGUGAUCCAGAGGCGAAAAGUGGGCCUGACUUCCUUCAACCGAGACUGGAAACAGUACAAGGAUGGCUUUGGGAACAUUCGUGGAGAUUUCUGGCUUGGAAAUGAACACAUCUUCCGCCUCACCAGGCAGCCCACUGUGUUGAGGAUAGACAUGGAGGACUGGGAAGGUCAAACCCGCUAUGCCGAGUACAACUUUUUCACGGUCAGCAACGAAAUGAACAGUUACAAGCUCUUCAUUGCCAACUACAGCGGGAACGCUGGCCGUGAUUCUCUGAGGUAUCACAACAACACCAACUUCAGCACGAAGAACAGAGACAACGACAAGUGCGUGGAUGACUGCGCCCAGUUCCGCAAAGGUGGUUACUGGUACAACUGCUGUACAGACUCCAAUUUGAACGGCGUGUUUUACCGCUAUGGGGAUCACAACAAAAACACAGACGGUAUCACUUGGUACGGCUGGCACGGGUCUCACUACUCCCUGAAAAGGGUUGAGAUGAAGAUUCGUCCUCAGAAUUUCACUCCUUAAAGCAGACUCCAGGGCAAUGGAAAAGGGACAGUGCAACUGCCAGCCCAGCAAAACAAGAACAUUGCCUUAGAAAAGAAAACUAAAACAAUCUUACUUUUGUGCAAUGUUUUGUCGGAAGCUCAUUGUAAUGUGUAAUAUUUGAUUGUAAAAUGUAGUUAAACAAUUUAAAGCUUCAUUGUUUGUGUUUUAUUUUUAUUUUUUUUUAUUUUUUUUGGGGGGGGGGGGGGGGCAGACUCCUAAUAAGCUCUAAUAAUAUUCAAAUGUAAAGUGAAAGUACGUAGUAUUUUAAAAAAUAUUAAACCAUGUAAAUGUUUUUUUGUGAAAGAUGUUCUAUUAUAAAAAUUACCUUAUUGUUUAUCACCGUCUAAGACACCUAAUGAAAGGAGAUUCGUAAGAUAGGGGUGUCAUAAAUUAAACAUAGCAAAGCAUAUUUUUGUAUUUUUUUAAAUCAAUGAUUAUUUACACAAAAUGAUAUGCAAGUUGAAGUUAGCAUUCCCAUGCUUGAUUUACAUGAAAAACAAGCCAAUAUAAAAGUCUUAUGUUUAAAGACGUUUUUCCUAGAUGUUAUGUUAAAGGGAACAUCUAGAAUGUGCAGUAUUUUAGACGACCUGUAAGAUAUAUUUUUUAAACUAUAAACUGAUUCGCAAUGACUGGGUCUUUUAACUGUGUCUAAUGUGUAAAAUGUGUACAGUGCCAUAUGGUCAUAUUCUAUUCUAAUUAAUAAAACUUUGUAUUUGUA